AGCGCCUUCCACCCGGAAGCAGAGCCUCACUCACUGCAGGAGUAAACACGUGUGUGCUGGAGGACUGAGCCUGAGCCUGACUGAUUAUCUACCAGCUUUAUCAAUCAUGGGGAAGUCCAAGCAGGUGGGAAACCACAAAAGUGACAAAAAGAAGAACAUAGCAAAAACAUGGAAGACGAAACGACGGACAAAAGACCUGGAUCAGAUCCAUGCAGACAUGAUCCCUGCUAACGCAGUCAAGCUGCUGAAACAGGAUGUGGAUUAUGACGUCACGGGCUGCGCUCAGCACUACUGCCUGCACUGCGCGAGAUACUUUGUUGACCUGAAAGCCCUGAAGGAACAUUUCAAGACCAAGGUCCAUAAAAGACGUUUGAAGCAGCUGAAAGAAGAGCCGUACACCCAGGCUGAGGCUGAGAGAGCAGCAGGAAUGGGCUCCUAUAUCCCACCAAAAACUGUAGACGUUCAAACACAGCAAGUGGAGGAGGACAUGGACUGACCAGCCUGAUCUUCUGACUGGAGGACUCUUCUAGAUCACUGUGAUACAGUGAUAAAGUGAUCUUAAUCUGGUAACACUUUGGAGAACAAGAAUCUGUUCUUUGGUCUUGUUUAAGACUAAGGCUGCUGUGUUUUAGCACAGUGGAUCAGGACGUGUGCUUAUGGUUGUUCUGUAUUCACAGUUAAAGCAAAUGUAAGCCUUAAAAAUGUUGGUGCAAAACUUUACCAUAAACUUCUUAAACAUAAAGGUACUUUUACAGUUAAUUCAACAGUUAAUGCCAUAUAAGAACUGAUUUUAAAUUAUUGCUUAAAGAAAUGUGAGGAUGUAGAACCUUUAAUUGGUAAAGAGUCUAUAUAUUGAUUUAAAAAAAAACAUUUCAGCUUUAAAAACCUGUUAAAAGCAGUUCAUUAUGUAACCACCAAUGGUCGUUUUAUGGCAUCACUGAAAUAACUCAUUGUAGGACCUUUAUUUUUAAGAUUCUGGAACAAUUUUCUGUUUAAUAUUCUUUUUAUUUUGCAGAAUCUGAUAUUUGUCAAGACUUAAUUGAUAAUAAUUUUGUUGAUUCAUGAUUACAUAAAAUAAACACUUAGAUCCUGAAAGAGCUGGUUGAUAUUCAAUCAGCCUCGUGUUCAAUUGAAUCCCACAGCCAUGAACCGAUAUCAUUGUUUGUUUACUCAGUUUUUCAGGAUUUGUUCACAGAUGAAACUAUGUAAUUACAUAUGUAAUGUCAUGUGUAAAUAAAAAUAAAGAGUAAUGAGUACAGGA